AAGGUCAUGCCCGAGAGUCUGGGAGGUGGGGCGUCUGGCGUGGCCAACGCCCACGCCCACCCCAACCGCGAGCCUGACAUCUUCUGGACCACAGUUGCACUCUACGUGCUCAUCGUAUUCUUGAUUAUCGCAAUCCAAGUGAUCAACUGUUGCUGCUGUUGCUGCGGUGAUAGUAGUGGUGGCGAGACGGGAGUACGUUGUGUCCCUCUAACCGCAUUCUUCGUGUAUGGAACGAUGAAUCCCUUGCAAGUGGCUGCGUUGCGUAGUAAAUUUGGACACAAGCAACUGGUGUGUCGCAUCGCGUACAUCGCAGUUCUGGUUCUCGCGAUGGCCUUCCUGGCAGCCUGCAUCAUCCUCAUAUUCGUCUACUUCAGCAGCAUCGCUGUGCUGAUGAGCUACCUAGAAGCCCACAACGGGAGUGCAGAGGAGACGAGUUCCAUCCAAAAUGGACUGCAAGCACUCACAACACACGUGACGCAGUUCUUGAACACAGGCAUUGAGUCCGGACGCACGCUGACCAACACUUCUCUCACCGAUUUCAUCAAGAAAACAAACGUAAGGCAACAUUUGGCUUAG